AUGGAGAACUGCAUAGGUUGUGAUGUUCCAUUCUCGAAGGGUGACAAACUAAGUAAUGAAAAAUCUCCUAAAACUGAGCAAGAGAAGUUGGAAAUGCAGGAAAAGCCCUAUGCUUCACUUGUAGGAAGCUUGAUGUAUGCGCAAGUUUGCACAAGACCAGACUUUGCUUUAUGCAUAAGUAUCCUUGGAAGGUUUCAAUCUAAUCUAGGCCAAGCACAUUGGGUAGUAGGUAAGAAGGAGGAUGAGUGGCAUGGAGAAGUGUCAAACAACAAUAUGUAUCAACCUCAACCAUGCAAGAUGAAUUCUUAG